GAAGCCCAAGACCAGUGAAGCCCACUAAAAGAAGGGAAAUGGCAUUCCCGUCAUUAUUUUCAAAUAUUAGGGGCGAAGUUGAUCCAAGCGUCAGACUUCUCAAAUUCUCCCUCCUGCAUUUAACCGCCAAUAACGAAAAUCACACGUGAUGUUACCUGCAUUCUCUCCAUUUAUCCUCCCUGCGAAUCGUGAAGUUGCAUCGUCCACGAGUCUCUGAGUCGUGAUGAUUCUUUUAGCGACUUUAGUGUAUAUAGUGUAUAUCAGCCCAAAGUGUACACAACUAAACCGUAGAGAAACUGUUAUAUACCGCUGCAAAUAAUUUUGAUUUCUCGAACUCCACUCCCCUCAUAAAUACUGCGUUCUCUGUGUGUUCAUAACCCGUACUUCUUCAUAUUUUCUCUCACUUAAAUCUCAACAGUUUUUUAGUUUCUCUCUCUUCACAUAAUGUCUCCGACGCCUGUAACCGAAACCUCCGGUGAUGAUUCCGACCAGAAAACCUCGCCGGAAAAUACGAUUCAGCUGAAAAUUGAAAUUCCGGAGACCGAACCUCUGGAAACACUCAGGGAUGUUUGGAAUGGCGUCGUAAAUCCUCCAGUCUGUUCCAUUAAGUCAGAAAACGCCGACGAUAAAAGCGGGAGCUUCGACAAGGACAAUACGUUUUCGAUUUCGGAGAGCAUUACCAACUCCGUCGGAGCAGAGAAUGGAGACUCCGAUUUGGUGCCUGAAAACGGUAAUGGCGGAGGAGUUAAGACGACUUCGCUACUGAAACAUUCUCCUAGCUUAGGAAUGGGUAUCCUGGAGGAUUUUCUGGAAGUGCCGAUCGGCGGAUCUGGAAAGAACGAUGGCCUGGAAAAUGGCUCAGCAACUUCGAUGAUGGAUGAGGCGUGGUCGCAACUCGCCAAAGCCUUCAUUGCGUACAGAGGACAACCUGUUGGUACAAUCGCCGCAAUUGAUACAAAGGAGAGUGAUAAAAAGGAAAGCGAUACGAAGGAAAGUGACACCAAGCAAAGCGAUACGAAGGAAAGUGUCAAGGAGAUCCUGAAUUACAAUCAGGUUUUUGUGAGAGACUUUUUCCCGUCUGCGCUGGCAUGUCUGAUGAAAACCAAUCCAGAUUCAGACGUAGUGAAGAAUUUUCUGUUGAAGACCCUCCACCUUCAAGGUUGGGAGAAGAGAAUCGACAACUUUACUCUUGGAGAAGGUGUAAUGCCUGCCAGCUUCAAGGUUUUCCAUGAUCCCGUUCGCCAGAAGGAGGUUCUACAAGCAGAUUUUGGAGGAUCUGCCAUCGGAAGGGUUGCACCUGUCGAUUCUGGAUUCUGGUGGAUUAUAUUGUUGCGAUCGUAUACUAAACGCACACAUGAUUAUUCUCUUUCGGAGUUGCCUGAGGUGCAGAGAGGAAUUAGACUGAUACUUAAUCUCUGUCUGUCAGAUGGAUUUGAUACAUUUCCUACUCUCUUAUGUGCUGAUGGAUGUAGCAUGAUAGACAGGCGCAUGGGGAUUUAUGGGUAUCCGAUUGAGAUCCAGGCCCUCUUCUUUUUUGCGCUGAGGUGUGCAAAACAGUUGCUUAAACCAGAGCAUGUGGAUAAUAAGGAAUUUCUCAAGCGCAUUGAUAAACGGAUCACCGCUCUGAGCUACCACAUACAGAAUUACUACUGGCUUGACUUCACUCAGCUGAACAACAUCUAUCGGUACAAGACUGAGGAAUAUUCUCACACUGCUGUCAACAAGUUCAAUGUCAUUCCCGAGUCAAUCCCUGAAUGGUUGUUUGAGUUUAUGCCCCUGAGAGGAGGGUAUUUCAUCGGCAAUGUAAGCCCAGCUCGAAUGGAUUUUAGGUGGUUUUUGCUUGGCAACUGCAUUGCUAUCUUGAGCUGUUUGGCAACACCAGCACAGGCUACGGCUGUGAUGGAUUUGAUUGAGGAGCGAUGGGAAGCCUUAAUUGGGGAGAUGCCCCUGAAAAUUGUGUAUCCUGCACUUGAAGGGCAUGAAUGGAAUACGGUAACUGGAUGUGAUCCAAAGAACACAAGAUGGAGUUAUCACAAUGGUGGUUCUUGGCCAGUUCUGCUAUGGCUACUGACAGCAGCAAGCAUAAAAACUGGGAGGCCACAAAUAGCAAAGAGAGCAAUAGAGUUGGUGGAGCAGAGGCUUGAGAAAGAUGGAUGGCCAGAAUACUAUGAUGGGAUCAGCGGGCGUUACGUUGGAAAGCAGGCAAGGAAGUUUCAGACAUGGUCGAUUACAGGUUAUCUGGUUGCCAAACUCAUGAUUGAGAACCCAUCCAAUCUUCUCUUAGUAUCCCUCGAGGAGGACAAAAAGAUCUCUAAGCCUAAGCUCACCCGUUCCACCUCUUGGACCUGCUAACUAACUUUCUUUGUCUGCUUGAAACAAACUGAGCUUUUUCAAAUAUUUCUGCUUUUUCAAAUGUUUCUGCUUUAAUUCAGUGUCUGCUAUCUGAUUGAAAACAUUUCUAUACUUUUAAGAGUGCUGUAUGGUUUCGUUGACAGUUUGUCGUGGUACAUGAAAAUAGUGACCUUAAUCAUUUGAGGCAUUUUUAGCUAAAUUUGGGGGCAUCCCACUUUUUCAUAUUUGCUAUUGAACAGGUGUACCACAGGUCUAUCUUUAGAGUGGUUAAAUAAUUUAGGAAUUAAUUAAGACCUUUACUUUGUUUCCAGCUAAUAAUCCCAUUCACAAACAAAAACCGGCCGUUACAAGGCAAAACAUGAUUAUUAUAAGCCCAUAAAAUUGCCAUAGGUUGUUCCAACAUCAAGAAAAAUCCGUCCACUUUGUGAAUCUUUCUUCUUGAUGUAAUUGUCUUCCCACCCCCCUCCUAAUUCAGCUUCAUUUUUAUCUAAUUUCCAUAUAAUCCAUAUCCUCUCUCUGUGUGUCUAUCGAAAAUGGCACCAAAUGAAGUGGCGGAGAACAGCUGCGGCGGAUUCAUAAAGUGCGAGAAGCUGGACAGAGUGGCGAGCUGGGUGGGGACGAGCGUGGCGACGGCAUUCUUCGCGUCCUUGGAGAGGUGCUCAUGUAUUAACAUCUCCACCACCGAUUCCGACGUCGACGAAGAGGCCAAUGAUCGCCCCCUUAUGCUCACCAAAUUCCCUUCUUUUGCCUCCUCCUACCACCCUUCCACCCCCACCGCCGCUAAACUCCCAAGUCCCACCGUUUCUACGCCUAUUUGACCUCAAUAUACAUGCAUACAUAUAUAUAUAUAUAUGGAAAUGUCUCUCCUAUGAUAUUUAUGUUUGUUUAUUUAUUUAUUAAAAUCAUUGAGUCUGUAUAUUCUUUUCUUUCCAUUUUUCUUUUAUUUCUAGAAGCUUGAGAGCCAUUGUGAUUUGUGAAGCAUUUGAUUUCAGCUAUAUUUUCUUGUUCGAACGAGUUGUCAUCAAAAUCCUACCGAUAAUCACAGUUUUUCCCCUUUUUCUU